AUGAUCAAUAUUGUCAAAUUAUGGACUUCUUCGAUGAAGCCUUACCUGCUGCAUUUGGAAAUGACUUCCAAAGCCCCCUGUCUCGAGAAUGCAGCUCACCUACAUGUUUUCCCACCAUUAUUCAAGGAAGCAGCUCCAGCUCCAGCUUGUGUAUCUUCAAUAGUGAUGGCGCCGCCUCUGGUAGUGACCGAAAGACCAGCUAAACAGCGCAAGCCUAAUGGCUGCACAUUAUCCAACACCCAUACCAUGUUUAAUUUCGAUCAAGCUUCUUCUUCCCCAGUCAUCCUCACUUUUGGGAAUCCAAAUGUGCCAGAUAUAAGUUUUGAACAAGUGAGUCUAGGAAACUUGUACCCUGAGGAUGAAGUAGUGUCUGGGGUUUUGGCAUCCCAUGGUUCAUUUGUAAAUCAUGUUGGGGUAGCUGCUAAAGCUACUGCAGUCCGAACAAAAGCAAAGAAACCUGGAAGUAGUACUCGACCACCAUCCAAAUCCUACGAUCACAUAGCAGCAGAAAGAAAGCGGCGUGAGCAACUCAGCCAGCAAUUCAUUGCUCUUUCCGCCAUGGUUCCUGGCCUCAAGAAGAUGGAUAAAACUUCAGUUUUGGGAGAUGCCAUCAAGUACUUGAAAUAUCUACAGGAGAGAGUAAACACGCUAGAAGAAAAAACCACAAAGCAAACUGUGGAAUCUGUAGUGCUUGUGAAGAAAUCACAAGGACUUUUAGCUGAAGAUGAGGGAUCCUCAGAUGAGACAGCUAACACCAUUGAUCAACUGUCAUUACCUGAAAUUGAAGUUAAAGUUUGUGACAAGAAAGUUCUGCUGAGAAUUCGCUAUGGAAAUCAAACAGGGUUGCUGACCAAAUUCAUCUGUAAAGUAGAAAAACUCAAUCUCACAGUCACAAAUACUAGUGUUGCACAAUUUCGAGAUCUGGCUCUUGAUAUCACUAUUAUAGCCGAGAUGGAUAAAGAAUUCAACCUGACUGCGAAAGAACUGGCGAGAUGUCUUCAAUCUGCUCUUCUACCUGUCGAAUUUCUGGGCAAGCAGACAAAUAAUGGUUAG